CAUCAGUGGCUGAUAUCUCCUUGUGCCAUGCGGUACAAUGCACAACUACAUUUGGGAGCGGGCUCUACCAACAACUUUGACGACGCUGGGAAUGCUGACUGCCGGCCCAUGUCGUUUGCAUUGCAUCAAUCAUGCAUACCGAUGAUAGAACGGUCGCUUCUCUCUCGGCGGCAAGAUGUAGAGCCGAUUAUGGUGACCACUUGUUUUCUGACAAGAUCAUGGUGAUGAGCGACCGUGGGCUGUUCGCAAGAGACACCGCCUCUUUGUUGGUGUACUCCACUCACAGAUGGGCAGCCUUCCUCUGCUUCAUCUGCUGCACUUGCCCUUGCGUCGUCCUUGGCAGCCGAAUUGCCCUAUUUGCAGUGCCUCUCAUUUACGGCCAUGCCCACUAAUCCCGGUUUGACCCAAUUUAUGCCUCCGCGCAGGCAUUUUCCGCCACAUUCGCCCGAGACAACUAACUCUUGUUCCUUGGAAAGUGAAGAUGGAUGUGGAACAACAACGCCUAUACCGCCUGAGUCUACGUUGCCCAGCGAAACGACAGACAUAACAAGCUCACCGUCUCUGUCGGACUCGUUGACAUUCACUCCGAAUUCAUCUUUCCCCUCAAUACCGGCCUCCACGUCUCUUUACCAGGUCCAGUCCACGUCCACGUCAUACUCCGUUACCUCAACGUCCUCGAUAGUUUCUCAAACAGCAUCGUCGUCCAUCGCUCGUUCGCGCACGAACACCAGUGCGAUCGCCGGCGGCGUUAUCGGCGGGCUUCUCGCAGUACUCCUCCUACUCGGCCUGAUCUUCCUCUGGUUCCGUCGCAGACGCAGAAAUCGUGUCGCACCCUCCUCAGAGUUCCUGGCUGCUCGCGCCACUCCAGGCCUCCCAGAUACGCCACAUGCACAAAUCCCGCUUGCGCGGCAUGCGUCCAUCGAGGACGAGCAGCCUCCGCCUCCAUUUACCAGGGGUUCAUACAGAGACCCGGUGUACGAAAAAGUGCGUGCCGCGCGGGUGCAGAGGCAGCAGUAUGGGUUGUAUGAUCAGGAUGGUAUGGGCCCAGCUACGAGCUGGGAGAGGGACCAGAAGAGCGAGAAAAGUUUUUUGAUCGAAUAGUGGGAGCAAUUAAAUCUCAGUCUUAACAGAGGUCCAUUUACAUUACAGGAGUCUCGCUUCCUCGUUCACGGCCGUUCUCCGCGUCGAUACGUUAUGACGGACACUAUCGGUACGCCCACUCCAAAUAACGAGCGCUUCAGGUUACAAUCCCCCUUUCCAUGGUGCGCUACGGACUACUGCUAGACAUAAGGUAGCAAUAUAGCAAUACCGUUAUUGUAUAAUACCGUUGUGGUUGAUGGAUUACCAGUUCGUGUCGUUUGUGUUAGUCUCGUCACAGGGAAACCCGUGGUACUCGUCGCCAAAAGGGAAUACUCGUCAAUCAAGGAAGG